UGUUCUGGGAGUCUGCUAGGGGACCUGACAGAAUACAGGGAGAAACUAUCCCACUAGCUGAUAUACUGUAGCUGCUCCACACACACUGCUAGACACAGACAGAGAGAGAAGGAGAGAGGUGGAGGCAGAGACAGAGGAAGAGACAGCUGUGGAGUGAGAUAGAGAGAACUGCAGGAAGAGAGCAAGAGAGAGAUAGAGAGAUUUAGAAUUUGACAGACAGAGAAUUAGACAGUGGGAAAGGAGGCACACACAGCACUCACCCUCCACUGACCCCUCGUCUUACCCUCGACUCACCCUUAUCUCCCCACUUACAACAACCUGAGGCAGAGACACACAGCUCUACCAGCGCAGAGAUGAGAUGACUGGACACACACUAACGCACACAUUUUCUCUCUGUUGAAAGAAGACCAGAAUACACACUUUCUUUUUGUUUUCUCUCUCAGCUCCUGCUCUCGUUCUUGGCCAGGAAAAAAAGGAUUACAGUUUAUUUCUUCAGCACAGUCUUUAUUCUCCAAAAGCCCCGAGUCACGUUGGACAAUUUGGAUACGUUCCUCUUUUCUUUCUCCCUCCAAGAGCACAGAGCAACAUGGCACAGGGACAAAAGAACCACAAUAACAGCAGACAGCAGCGGGCACAACUCCUCACUAACCCCUUCUCCACCAUGGCACUGUCCCUCUCCAUGUCCUUCUUCCUCCUCCUCCUCUUCCUCACCUCUCCUGCCUCGACCGCCGACGAAUACGACUACUACAGCUGGCAAUCAGACAACUUCCACAACGGUCGUUUCUACACAAAGCAGCCGCAGUGUGUGGACAUCCCCGCCGAUUUACGCCUCUGUCACAACGUGGGCUACAAGAAGAUGCGCCUCCCCAACCUGCUGGACCACGAGACCAUGCCGGAGGUCAAACAGCAGGCGGGUAGCUGGGUGCCGCUCCUCGCCAAGCGGUGCCACGCAGAUACACAGGUGUUCCUGUGUUCCCUUUUCGCCCCGGUGUGUCUGGACAGGCCCAUCUACCCGUGUCGCUCGCUGUGUGAGGCCGUGAGGGAUAGCUGUGCCCCAGUUAUGGAAACCUACGGGUUCCCUUGGCCAGAGAUGUUGACCUGUGAUAAGUUUCCUAUUGAUAAUGAUCUGUGUAUCCCCAUGCAGUUUGCUGGGAACCAGGCCACCCCGGCUCCAGCAUCUAAAACCUGCCCUCCAUGUGACAACGAACUGAAAGCUGACACCAUUAUGGAACAUUACUGUGCCAGUGACUUUGCUAUCAAGAUGAAGAUCAAAGAAGUGAAGAAAGAGAAGGGCGACCGUAAACUCAUCGCUGCCCAGAAGAAGAAGAAGGUGCUCAAGAUGGGUGUCCUGCGUAAGAAGGACUUGAAGAAGCUGACACUGUACAUAAAGAACGGAGCCAACUGCCCCUGUGCUCAGCUCGACAGUCUUGGCAGUAACUUCCUCAUCAUGGGUCGUAAGGUGGAUCAGCAGCUGCUGCUCAUGUCCAUCCACAAAUGGGAGAAGAAAAGCAAGGAGUUGAAGUUCGCCAUCAAGUAUAUGAAGAGUCAUCAGUGUCCCACCUAUCAUACUGUCUUCCAGUGACCUUAGUGACACAACAAUCACAACCCUACUCCCAGUCUUCCCCAGUUGUCCCCCCCUCUCCCGUCUAUCCUUCCAUUGUCCUACCUAUCAUACUGUUUUGCUGUGACACUGUGGAGAUGUAUCCUUCAUAUCCAGUGGUUUUGUGAUGCCUGUAGAAGUGGGUAUACUCUAAUUCUGCCAAAAAUAUUCCCAAAUGGCCCGUCAAAGGAAAGGCAAAAAAUAUAUAUAUUUUCCUAUAGUUUUUCUGUAUUUUCCUAUAGAUUUUUCAGGUUUUCACUCUCAGAAUCACACUUUUUUUAUAUAUAGAAAAACAAAUGUAUGUUCUAAGUCCAUGAUAAUGCUUAACCACAUCAGGGGACCAUUUUUGAGGCCUGGGAAAAUCAUAAUAAAAUAUUUUUGGCAGGUAGUAGUUGCCCAUUAAUUCAGUUGUGCACCUAGCAAGAUACCCUUUAUGCACUACUAAUGCAAAAUACAGUAACUACAUAUUUGUUGACUGUCUGAUCCGUCUUCAAAGUAUUUUUCUGUCUAGACAGACAGCAUUCUCUGAUUCUCAAUAAUAUCUUCUGAUCAACUGGUUUGUUCUUGUGUGAGGAAACUUAAUUCCACAUUAAUCAGAUAAUAUACUUAGCCAUUAGAAUGGAUCAAAGACUUUUGAACAAAUUCGUAGUUACUGCAUUUUGCCUUUGUAGGGUGGAAUUUGGCUCGUGGUGUUUCUGUACUGUACAAUGUCUUACAUGUGAUGGCAGAGUUUGUAAAACAAAAGCCCUCCCAAUUGAUACAAAUCAUCAUGGUAUCAUUCUACCAGGUAGGCCUACUUUGUAAUCAACAUUUAAUUGGAAAGGAUUUUUGCCAGAAAUUUUCAUUCAAACAGCGCAUGAUGACUGAAUUGCACACCAAUUUCGGACCCCACUUUUUCAAUAUCUGGUUUGCAUACACAUUGUUGCCUUAGAUAGCAUUUACUGGUAGAUAUCAAAAGUUGAAACGUCUUUCCUACCUACCCUACUAACCGAUGUCGUUCUUCUGUGAGCUGCUCCAUGAAACAACCAGUUGAUAGCUGCGCACUCUUGCUGUCUGCUCUGAAACUAGGCUAUGUGUGCAGCUCACGUGUGAAUAUACACCAUAUUUACAAAAGUAUUUAGACAUCCCUUCAAAUGAGUGGAUUUGGGUAUUUCAGCCACACCCAUUGCUGGCUGGUGUAUAAAAUCGAGCACACAUCCACGCAAUCUCCAUAGACAAACAGUGGCAG